AUGGCUGCCGCCCUCCACAUGCCCAGUCCCGUCCACCGCCCCUCCAUGGACCGUACCCCCUCCCUCGACCAGGCCCGCGCCCGCUCCACCCCACCUUUCAGCUCCCCCUACGACCACCCCUCCAGCCGGCCAGGCUCAAGCGCCUCCGAAGCCUCGCCCUACAACCAGCCGUACACCAACUCGUACUUUCCCCAGCCACCGCCGCAGCAAGGACAGUACUAUCCCAACCAGGCUUGGUCCCCUUCUGGCGGCGCGUACCAGCAGCAGCAGCAGCAGCAGUACAACCAGUACGCGGGGCAGUAUCCGCAGGGGUACCAGGCUCAGCAGUCCCAGGCAGACUUUGCGGCGUGGGCGAAUGCGUAUCAGCAUAUGGUCAUGAUGGCUGGACAGCAUACCCCGUCGCCUUCCGAGUAUCCCAACGGGAACGUAUCUGAGAAGCAGGCGGGUGGAUACUUUGAGGGUGGAUACGCUGCACCGCAGGGGCAGCUUGAACAACCCAAGAACCAGGGGAAACCCCAAGCAGCCUUUCACCCGUACAAGCGCGGUCCUGCAAAGGUUACUUCAGACAAUGUCCCUCGCUCCGCAUCUAUGCCCACAAAGACCGACCCAUCCCCCUUAUCCCUCCCCCGCUCAACCUCCGCUCCGAAAGGUCUCGACGACCAACCCUACCCCAUCUCCACCCCCAGCACCCUCAACCCCCCGACCGUUCCUUCUGCCGAACCAAUACGCUCCGAGCUCGACCCGUCGGCAGCAUCCUUUGUACCACCGCCGAGGCUGAAUACGGAGAUGCGGCGCAAUUCGAAUGCGAGCGAGAGGUCGGAUCGGGAGAAUAGCCCGGUGUCGAGGGCUUCGUCGCCUGUUUCACGACCGCCUACGACGCGGGCGCCGACACCGCUCUACCCUGGGCCGAUUACGAACGCUACCAACGCCCGGCCUUCCCCUCUGUCCAACUCGACUACGGUGGAGGAGAAGCCCCAGAAGGGGUUCAAGGGCAGGUUGUUUAAAAGUGCGGAGAAGGAAGCGAAAGAGCAGAAGAAGGCGGACACGCCUGCGAAAAGGUCGUUGCCCCCUCAGGCAUUCGAGUCGCCGUCAGAAAGCUCGACGCGCUCCGGCACACCGCCCAUCACGCCGCCCCAAUCCGAACCGCUCGCAGCGCCCAACGCGCCCUUUGCGCUCAACCCCGCGGCUUCGAGCAGCGAGCUCAGCCUGGCAGAGACGGAACGGACAGCGACGAUCGGUGGGGAAGAUGGAAAGAAGGGAAAGAGGAGCAUGUUUAGGAUGAAGAAUAUGUCGACGGAUAAUAUCAGUUUGAGCUCGACUGUGUCGAGUGCGAGUAUGAUGAUAAGGAAGAUGGGGAGUAUUGGAAAGUUGGCGAGGAGGAACAGCUUGAUGGGUAUCUCGAGGAUCUUCAAAGACAAGCCGAAAGACGAGGACGCCGCGCUCCCCGCCAAGGAAGCGAAAAAGAUCAAGAAGGAAAAGAAGAAGGGCAAAGGCAAGAGCGAAGCUGCGCCAGCUUCUGUCAGCCACGCUACCGCCGAACACGAUCGGAUUGUUGGAGAAGAAGACGACCGUACCCUCGCGGGCCUUUCGCCAGCUGCCAAGCUCGCGAGGCAGCAUACCCUCAAGUCGAGGGCUGAAGCGCAGACGAGACAGCAGAACGGCCUACCGCCUUUGGAAAAUAUUCCUGAACCGGGGGCGAUGCCUUCGUUCGCUAACGUCGCUGCUGCCGUGCCCAACGGCGGGCCUGAAGUCGUACACGUCCAGCCAAGACAGACGCCUACGGUUGUGCAUGCUGUGGCGGUGACGGAGCACGAGUAUGAUAGCGAGGAUGAUACGUCGGAUGAAGGAGAUACGGUGGAGGAUCUGACGAUGACGAUGGGGAGGACGAGGUUUUCGGAUGAGGCGGAUGCAGAGUUUAAGGCGACGUGGGGUAAUGCGUAUAUCGAUAAGAAUGCGGUGCCCAAAAAGAGUAUCUUGAAGAGUGUCCCCUCGCAUGCGUCGAUGGAAGAGGCCAAGGGUCGCCCCCGGUCGAACUCGGCGCAACAAGGCGCACAGCAAGCUCCCGGGCCUCUGGCUCAACUUCCCACCGCCGACCCGGCCAGGCUGGACGGUAUGGAGACUCUGACCUCUACCCCGGACGACAUCUACGACCCCCUCUCCUCUUCCUUCUCUCCCUUCGACCAGCCCGCUCCCAACACCUCCAUCUACUCCAUCCCCUCCCAAAACACCUCUGCCCCCACACUAUCCCUCCUCGGCACGUCCGACCGCCCAGCGCCCCAGCCAAGGAGCAUGACAGUCCCUGCCAAGCGCCGGCUACUCUGGGCACCGGAAUGUGCAGUGUACACGACGUAUGACCCGUCGACUUAUGAUAGGAGGAGCGAGCCGGCGACGUGUAAUCGGUUGACGCCCGAGCUGGCCAUGUCGAUCAAGCAGGAGCUGAACGCGUUCAAGUUGGAGAUGCCGGUCCAUCCCGAGAGUAGGGUGUAUACUCAUUACUUUGCUUGGUGA